CUAAUAUCUUCAUUCUUCAUCCCCAUACACAAAAUAAGAGAUCUCCAAGAUAAUUUCCACAUAAAAUUUUUUAGCUCGAAAAGAUGUACUUGAGAACAAUGGCGUCUUCUUCGCCACCACCACCGCCAACAUCCCUAACAUCACAACAAUCAUCAUCGCAGCCGUCACAGCUUCCCCUCCGUAAGAUGCCAGGAUCGUACGGUUUGCCGUUGGUCGGACCGUUAUCGGACCGUUUAGAUUACUUCUGGUUCCAAGGACCGGAUAAGUUUUUUAAGACAAGAGCAGAGAAGUACAAGAGCACUGUGUUCCGUACCAAUAUUCCUCCAGCGUUUCCUUUCUUUGGCGACGUAAAUCCUAAUAUCGUCGCUGUCCUCGACGUCAAGUCUUUUAGCUAUCUAUUCGACAUGGAUCUAGUUGAUAAAAGAGAUAUUCUCAUCGGAGAUUUCCGGCCUAGCCUUGAUUUCUACGGUGGUAUUCGUGUCGGAGUUUAUCUUGACACCACCGAGCCGAAGCACGCCAAGGUCAAAGGCUUUGCAAUGGAGAUACUAAAACGAAGCUCGGAGGUAUGGCUACGAGAGCUUCUCUCAAACCUCGACAAGUUAUGGGAAACAGUAGAAUCCGACAUAAAAAAAAACGACGACGGCGCUUCGUACCUCAUUGCUCUCCAACGCUGCAUCUUCAACUUCCUCUCCACAGCUCUCACCGGAGCAAACCCUUCAGCGUCGCCGGACAUCGCCGAGAACGGUUGGCAAAUGCUCGACAAAUGGCUCGCUAUUCAGGUCAUCCCCACCACCAAGAUCGGCUUUGCUCAGCCGCUCGAAGAGAUCUUCCUCCACUCCUGGGCUUACCCUUUCUUCCUAGUCGCCGGAGAUUACCAAAAGCUUUACAAUUUCAUAAACGAGAACGCCGGAGAUGUUCUCCGGCUUGGGGAAGAGGAAUACGGGUUGACCCGGGAAGAGACGGUUCAUAAUCUCCUCUUCGUGUUGGGUUUCAACGCGUACGGGGGCUUUUCCGUCUUUUUACCGUCUCUCAUCGGGAGAAUCGCCGGAGAUAGUUCCGGUCUCCAGGAGAGACUGAGAACCGAAGUGAGGACGGUUUGCGGGUCCGGGUCGGUUCUGAAUUUCCGGACGGUUAACGAAAUGGAGCUGGUUAAGUCCGUGGUUUACGAAACGCUGCGUUUAAAUCCGCCGGUUCCUUUACAGUACGCACGUGCGAGGAAUGAUUUCAAGAUUAGCUCACACGACGCCGUUUUUGAGGUUAAGAAAGGAGAGCUUCUCUGCGGUUACCAGCCGCUGGUGAUGCGAGACGCUAACAUCUUUGACGAUCCGGAGGAAUUUAAACCGGAUCGGUUUGUAGGUCAGACCGGGUCCGAGUUGCUUAAUUAUCUGUUCUGGUCCAAUGGUCCACAAACCGGUACGCCGAGCGAGUCGAACAAACAGUGUGCAGCCAAAGACAUCGUUACUAUCACGGCUUGCUUGAUCAUCGCCGAUUUAUUUCUCCGGUACGAUAAAAUUAUCGGCGACGCAGGGAGUAUCAAGAAAGUUGUUCCAGCCAAAUGAGGAAGACUCAUUAGUUCUUCCACGGUUUCAUAUCAUAAUGUUAAUGUUUGGAGUGUGUGAAUAAGAUUUAAACUAAAACAAUGCGGUCUGUAACAGAAAUUGCCAGAGGUAUUUUCUUUUAAGUUUAUACUAGAUCUCAACCCGCGCAACCGCGCGGGUAUUUGUUUUCAUUUAUUUUUAUAUAAAUAUUUUGUUUUUACUUCUAAAUUUGUAUAUAUUAUCUAAGGUGUGCAUAUCGAAAAUGAUAUAUUCUAU